GCAGGGGACGAGACCGGACGGGGCGGUCCCUCACCUCCCGACGGCACCGCCCGGCACCGCGCGCUGCCCUGGUGACGGCAGGUCGCCGCUUGCCCCGCCCGGGCGGCGGCGGGACGCGGGCUCCGGGAGGGGCCGGGGCUGGAAGUCGCCGCCCUCCCUCAGUAUCCGGGUGGUUGCUCCCGGACGCGGCCGGACCGCCGGAGCCGUGCCAGGCGAAGAUGGCGUAUCCCGGGCAGCCGGCACCCGGCGGGCUCUACCAGGGCGGGUAUGGAGGAGCUCCAGGAGGACCAGCAUUCCCUGGACAAGCUCAGGAUCCUUUAUAUGGUUAUUUUGCUGCAGUAGGAGGGCAGCUUUCAACUUAGAGACAUGCAGACUUAUGAUCUCAAUGCUGGAUAGAGAUAUGUCUGGCACACUGGGAUUUAAUGAGUUUAAAGAACUCUGGGCUGUGGUCAAUGGCUGGAAGCAGCACUUUGUAAGUUUUGACAGUGAUGGAAGUGGCACAGUGGAUCGCCAGGAACUGGAGAAAGCCUUGAUGACUAUGGGAUUUAGACUGAGCCCACAGGCUGUGACUGCAAUCACAAAGCGAUACAGCACUCAAGGAAAGAUUGCAUUUGAUGAUUACAUUGCCUGCUGUGUGAAACUCCGAGCUCUCACUGAAUGCUUUAGAAGACGGGAUACAACUCAGCAGGGUUUUGUGAACUUCCACUAUGAUGAUUUCAUACAGUGUGUUAUGAGCAUCUAAAUCAAAAGGAAGCAAGCCAUGGAUGAUUAUGAUUUAACAUUCCAGUUUUAUGAGCAUCUUAAUCAAAAGGAAGCAAGCUGUGGAUGAUCAUGAUUUAACAUUCCAGUAUGUGUUUUGCUUUGCCAACUUCUCCAAUGAUUGUGUAUCUCAACAUUGGAAAUUGAAUAUUUUAUGAAGGCAUCCCUUUCCACACAUAUUUUAGUCUUGAUAAUGAAUAUGAAUUACUCAUGUACUGUUGUCUUUAACUUCCAAUCUGUGAUUAUUAAAGCUGCUUUUAUUUUCAUAAACUUGCAAUUCACUUUGUAUAACUCAGAUCAUGCAAAUGGUAAUAUUUGCAGUCAUGUGUCUACUUUUUUUCCCAUGAUUCACUAAAAUCAAUUUCUGGAGUGCAACUUAGCUUUUUCUGACUUAAACAGUAACAUGUGUAUGACUUAAGAGGAUACAUAUUUUCUUGUCUUUGACAACCUAAGACACAUGUACAAACUAAAAGGGAUUUUGGAAUGGUCAUUUUGCACUGGUCUGUUAAAACAUCAUAUGUUUUGGUUACUUACUUUGUCAGCAUGCACUGAGUGUAAGACUACCUGCUAGAACUUCUUCUAAGCAGGGAUGCAACAAAACAUAGCAGAAAACUCUUCUAGCCUUGUGCCCUGGUAACAGGGGCUUUGUUCUUGUAAGAUUCUUGCUUUGUUUGUGUGACUACAUAAAACACUUUUAA